GAGCAGCGCGCUCUCACUGGUCAAGACGCAGGGUCUUCUGUGUGCCAUUCUUAUAAAUUCUAGUGACUGGAAUGAGUUCGCCAGUAACCUCAAGACGUUGAGCGUGUUGUGACUCAGUGAGAGACUCAGGCAGUGAGGAUGCCAUCCAGCACGACAGACAAGCAGGGCCUGGAGGCCAAGGCCGCGGCUGCUGAGCGGCGGCGCACCAACAAGCCCAUCAUGGAGAAGAAGAGACGCCAGAGAAUUAACGAUUGUCUCAACCAACUCAAGAACCUGGUGCUGGAGGGACUCAAGAAAGACCCUUCACGCUACAGCAAGCUGGAGAAAGCAGACAUCCUGGAGAUGACAGUGCGGCACGUGCAGGCCCUGCACCGCCACGAGGCCGCCUCGCCCCGCCAGCCCCCGGUGGACGCCGCCGCCAAGUUCCGUGCAGGGUUUGGGCAGUGCGCGGCGGAGGUGGGCAAGUUUCUGGAAAGCGACACAACCCUGAGCAACGUUCAACGGUCACGCAUCCUGCUGCACCUGACGGAGGUGAUGACCGGCCUGAGGAACAAGUCCCCUUCGCCAGACACAGUGGCUCCCCUCACCCCUGAGCCCCAGCGUGUCCCGCAGGCAGCCCACUACGACUCCCUGAUGGUGGGCGGUGUGUCCCUCGUCCCUGCCCGCCUCUUGAACGGACAGAUGACAUUUGUUUUGCCCAACGGAAUCACAACCUCCUUCCCAAGCCACGCGGGGGAGCUGCACCGUGCCCCUCCAUCCCCUCCUCCCAGCGCUGCCUCGCCCUCCCUCUCCCUGGUGUCCUCCUCGCCGCCCCCCUCCCCCUCCAGGAGCCCCUCACCGCAGCCCUUGGAUCUUGCUCCAAUCCGCCAUCCAGAAGACGACAACUGCUGGCGCCCUUGGUGAACCACGGUGAAGCAGACGCUUACUCUACCUGAUGAGGGAGGAAUGUCUGCCAGCCAGCUCCUCGCCUUCAGUACUGGUGCACCGCAAGGCCAAGUCGCCCCCCCGCCUCCCACCGUGCAUAGCCGCCCGCCCCCCGG